CUACUUUGGGUUGGUGGGUGAAAUUCUCGUGAAAUCAAAGUGUCAAUAUUUUUGGGGAGAGAAAAUGUUUGUUUUGCAUGGGAUUUUGUGAAAAAAUCUCACAUUUUGAGACGUAUAUUUUCAUUUGUGAUUGCUGUUUUUGAACCUUAGUGAUUGGUGUGUCAAUUGUGCAAAGUGGUGGACAAGAUGUUUCGAAGUCGCAGCUGGUUUGGUGCCAAUUGGAAUAAGCCCAAGAAUAGAUUGAGCCUGGAGCAUAUGAAAUACCUGUAUUCUGUGCUAGAGAAGAACAUGACGGUGUCUGAGAACAACAGAGGACUACUUGUUGAAACCCUAAGAUCAAUUGCUGAGAUUCUCAUUUGGGGGGAUCAGCAUGAUUCUUCGGUGUUUGAUUUCUUCCUGGAGAAAAAUAUGUUGUCCUACUUCAUUCACAUUAUGCGCCAGAAGAAUGGGGGACCGAGUUUUGUGUGUGUUCAGCUUCUGCAAACCCUCAAUAUUCUCUUUGAGAACAUCCGGAAUGAGACGUCACUUUACUACCUACUAAGCAAUAAUCAGGUGAAUUCAAUCAUUGUGCACAAGUUUGAUUUCUCCGAUGAGGACGUCAUGGGCUACUACAUUCUCUUCCUCAAGACCCUCAGUCUCAAAUUGAACAAACACACCAUCCACUUCUUCUACAAUGAGCACACAAAUGACUUUCCUCUCUACACAGAGGCCAUCAAGUUCUUUAAUCACCCAGAAUCUAUGGUGAGAAUUGCCGUAAGGACAAUCACACUCAAUGUCUACCGCGUGCAGAAUACGAAUAUGCUGCAAUUUAUCCGAGAUCGAACAGCUGCACCGUACUUCAGCAAUUUGGUCUGGUUCAUCGGGAACCACAUUCUCGAGCUGGAUGCAUGUGUGCGCAAUGAUACAGAUCACCAAUCCCAGAGUCGACUGUCAAAUCUCGUGGCAGAACAUCUUGAUCAUUUGCACUAUAUCAAUGAUAUUUUCUGCCUGAAAAUUGACGAUUUAAAUGCCGUUCUCACAGAGCAUUUGCUCCAUAAACUCUUUGUGCCACUGUACAUCUUCUCCCUGACCCCAGCACCGUCCCUCUCAAUUGCCACAGUGACUCAGAAUCUGGCAGCUGUGCUCAAUAAACGCGUCGAAAUUGACGACAUCCAGGAGGCUAAUAAUCCCCGAGUCUCUGUCGUCACGGCAUUCUUCCUGCUCGCAAUGGUGUUCCUGGUGAUAAAGCAUCCACCACUCGUGCAUACCCUUGCAUGGGUCAUUUUCAAUGCAGAUAACAGUAUUUUCAAAGAAGGACUCGUAAAACUCCUCGAUGCCUAUACAGAUCGUAAGCAAUUUGUUGCUCUGGGUUUCGCAGAACCCCAAGAGAGUCUGGAAAGGGCCCUAGAGACCACUCUAAGUGCCACAAAUUCAGACACCAACAUCUCCAGUAGCGGAGAAUCCCCAAGGACUGAAGAAGAUGCCAAUGUUUCGUCAUUGCCAGAACACAGUGAACUCAACAGGACGGACGAAGAGAAGGAAAAAAUGAGAGGGACAGAUGAUCAAAAUGUAACAAAUCGUCCCUUCCUGGACACAGUAAUCUCUGCAAUGGACUGUGCAGACAAUGACUACUUAGCUCUCCUAGCUCUCUGUCUUAUCUAUGCUGUCGUGGAAAAUUCUGGAGUCGAUAGAGAUUGGCUAGAGAAGACCCUCAAUUCGUCCAGUUCGUGUGGAACAAAGUGUAAGACUCUGCUUGUGGAGAAACUCCUCAAAAUUGCUUACAUGUCCAGCACUCCUGCCAGUCGUAUCCGUCUCGUAACACUUGAACUCAAUGCGAUAUUAAUACAGAGAUUUACACGCUCUUCAAACAAUAAGUAUGAUUUGAGCGAGGGACAACAUGCUGUGCUAACAGAGAGUCGAUAUCAUAGUAUGAAUGUGGUGAAAUUCUACUAUAAAUCUGAAGAUAUAUUCUUGGAUUUGUUUGAGGAUGAGUACAAUGAAAUGAGCAAAUCAGCCCUAAAUGUUGAAUUUCUCUGUGCUGAUUCGACAAUUUUGCUCCCACCGACGGGUACUCCGCUCACGGGUAUUAUGUUCACACGACGUCUUCCAUGUGGUGAUGUGGAAAAGGCCAGGAGGGCCAUAAGGGUCUUUCUCUACUUGAGGCGACUCUGUCAUACAAUCUUAGCUGAAAUUGAGACACUUUUGCCGUUGACAAAUCAGCACAAUUGCGUCGAGAUUGACGAUGUGUUGGAUUUGAAUAACAGUGACUUGAUUGCAUGCACGAUAAUCAUGAAAGAUGGGCAGAAGCAGAGGAGAUUUCUGGUGAUUGAUGUGCAGCAGUUGAUUCUUGUGGAGCCAGAUCUGAAGAGACUUGGUUGGGGAAUUGCCAAAAUUGUGGGAUUUUUGCAGGAUACUGAAGUGGCUGGGGACAAAGAUGACACACGAUGUCUCCAUCUAACAAUUUCCCGUGGUGGAGCAACACGCAAUCAAACCCCAAUUCUUUCAGCCAAAUUAGUCUUUGAUGACUACAUUCGAUGCAUGGCAGCUAAACAGAGGCUAACAAAGGGAAGAAGCAAGGUGAGACAGAAGAAAAUGCUGCAAAUUGCUCAAAUACUGGAAAUCAAAGAACCAAGUGCUGAGGGAAAUAAUUCAGGGAUUGCGACAAGUGGAAGAAUAACUCUGAGGGAGCACCGUCCAUUGUUCUCCACCGCCAAUCGUGUUCCUGGCUUUGCUGCUGCUCUCCGACUAGGAAGUAUGCCGUCGGCGGGUGUGAGUCGUGUUCAAAUUGCCAAUAGAAGCAGCAUGAAUAGUUCCGGAGAUGGGAGAAACAGUCCUAGUUCUUCGUCCUAUGGUAGACAUACCCCAAGGAGAGACACAGACGGAUCCCUGUCAUCUAGCACGAGUCGCCCAGGAACGAGAGACUCCAGUCCCAGAACUCCACGUCCACGCUCCGAGGAGAUUCCUCUGGAGGAUUUUAGGAGAUCUGCCAGUCCUGGAGCUCUUUCUAGAUCCCCAGCAACUCCAUCAUGGCGUCCUGCGACACCGUCAAAGCUUGCAAUGGAUAAAGCUAACCAUGAAGAGGGUGCAGGGAAUGCCUAUGGAAACAAUGUGUCAGAUGGUCAGGAUGAUAAACCGGUAAGUAGCACUUCUGAGGAGACGUCUUUUAUAGCUGGCGAGAGAAAGAGCAAAAAAGCCUCAUCUAUUCAAACUGUGUAAAAUGAAUGGUGUUUUUAGGUGAAAUAGAGCAAAACUAAAAAGGAAAAUAAUAAUCAAACAAUAGAGAUGAAAAAUACACCGCAAAUAAAAGGUACUUGAAGAGAAUCAGGAUAUAUAUA